AACUCGGCGGGCGGGCGGGCAGCAAGCAGGCCCGGGGGCCGGGAGGCUGCUGGCGGCGGCGGCGGCGGCGGCGCUGGGCCCGGCGCGGCGAGAAAGGCCCCGAGAUGCCGAGCAAGAAGAAGAAAUACAACGCGCGGUUCCCGCCGGCGCGGAUCAAGAAGAUCAUGCAGACGGACGAAGAGAUUGGGAAGGUGGCGGCGGCUGUGCCUGUCAUCAUCUCUCGGGCGCUCGAGCUCUUCCUGGAGUCGCUGUUAAAAAAGGCCUGCCAGGUGACCCAGUCCCGGAACGCCAAGACCAUGACCACAUCCCACCUGAAGCAGUGCAUUGAGCUGGAGCAGCAGUUUGACUUCUUGAAGGAUUUGGUGGCAUCAGUACCUGACAUGCAGGGGGAUGGGGAAGACAACCAUAUGGAUGGAGACAAGGGCCCUCGAAGGGGCCGGAAGCCAGGUAGCAGUGGCCGGAAGAACGGCGGGAUGGGAAGCAAAGGCAAAGACAAGAAGUUGUCAGGGACUGAUUCCGAGCAGGAGGAUGAGUCUGAGGACACAGAUACUGAUGGGGAAGAUGAGACAUCACAGCCCCCACCCCAAGUCAGCCACCCCCCUUCCCACUUUCAGAGCCCUCCAGCUUCUUUCCUGCCUUUCCCCUCUACUCUGCCUUUGCCCCCUGCGCCCCCGGGUCCCUCAGCACCUGAUGCAGAGGACGAAGAGGACUAUGACUCCUAGCUCUCUGCUCCCUUUCAGUUGGUUUUAGUUGUUCUGGGCCAGGAGAAAAGGUGGAACUGUUCUUAAAUUUAUUAAAAAAA